GAGACCCGAAAAAAAGAAAAUGUAUGUGACAAAGCCUCUUUCUAUGUUAAAAAAGUCUCCUGCUGCUCUCUCAGAGCCUCCUCCAGAAGGUCCAAAUUCUGGGAUUUUGGUUAUCCAAGAUGAAGAAACGCCUACUUGUUGUUUUGGACUCUCUAGGGAUGAUAAACUUCAAAACUUGCCUUUCCCUCAAAACAAAAACCUGACUGCUUCUCACUUUACGGGCGCCACUGAAGAGAGUGGUAACCAAUACUCUCGUGACAGUGUUAUUCUCAUUCCGGUUGUUAAUCAACCACUAUCUUCCAAUAAGUACUAUGCAAUUCAACCGCGUGGAAAGCAUAAAGGGGAAGCAUUCACAAACUCAAAGGAGGAGGACAAGGUCACAUGCUGUUGCUGCAGCUUUGUUUCAGACAAAAAACCGCAGCCUUUUGAUCCCGAAAAUAUUUAUCAGCAAAUUGAGAUUUGUGCUCAAAAACGGGGUGGCUUUUCCUCUAAAUCAGUUGCUCCAGAUGGUUUUCCACCAGAGUUUUUGAGACAUAAACGAUGGGAUAUGACAGCAGAAACUCCUGAUGAUUUCGAGUUACAUGAAGCACCAGGCCUUGAUUCUACCCUCCGUGCGCGCCUUCCAGAUUUCAACUUCCCAUUACCAAAUAAGGCUUCUAAAUCUGUGGUUGUGGGAAAAUGGUACUGUCCUUUCAUAUUUAUUAAAGAAAGUAGUCUAAAACAGCAAAUAAAAAACUCAAUGUACUAUGAGAUGACACUUGAGCAAAGAUGGGAACAAAUAUUUGCAAGCGAAAAUAGUCAUAACAGGGAGAAUGUUGUGGUUGUGGAUGUUGCUGUUCCAACAGAAGUUGUGUCAUUUGGUGGGGUUGAGGGUGUGCCUGAUGAGAAGAAUGUGGUUGAUGGGAUGAUGUGGUUUAAAAGUUAUAGCAACGCGGGAGGAGAACUAAGUGUGGGAUUGAGUACACUUAUCAUUGAGAGAAUGAAAUGGGAGGAAGAAAGAUUUGGGUGGGUUGGAGGGAAUGAAAAACAAGUGAGAGUGAAGAAAGUAGAAGAGUUUGGAGGAGUUGGUGAGUGGAGGAACUUUGGUUGUUAUGUAUUGGUUGAGAGAUUCAAAUUGAAGAGAAUGGACGGGAGCUUGGUUUUAACUUACGAUUUCAAGCACACACAUCAGAUUAGGAGCAAAUGGGAAUGAUAAUUUUGGCUCUUCUUUUGCUUUACCCAGAAGUUGCACUUUGUCUUGUUUCUGUGUGUAUUAUGAUGCGUAACAGACUGUUGAACUUUAUUGUUUAUUCCAUUUGUAUCUUUUGAUGGUAAAGUUGUUGAAGGAAUAAAGAGUUUACUUUA